AUGAUGCCUGAGCAACCUACCAAGGCAGACCUCUGCCCACCGUUUAAUGGCAACAUGACUGCUUGUAAGGAGGCAGCAACAGCGUGUUGGGAAAAGGAUAAAUUCUCUACUAAGGAGACGAUGAUUAAGUGUGUACACGCCCGCGCCCCCAAGCGACCUACCGAGUCAAAGCUAGCUGCUAGGGCAGAUCUACCUACCGAGGCAGAGCUUUGUGCACCGUUUAAUAACAUCAGGCAUCAUUGUAUGGCUGCAACAAGGGCGUGUUAUGAGAAGGAUAGGCGCUUGAUGUCUUCUAAGAAGGCGUUAAUUAAGUGUGUGCAGGCCGCCGCCGCCGCCGCCGCCGAGCGACCUACCGAUGAAGAGCUCUGCGCACCGUUUAAUGGCGAUAUACAGACUUGUGGUGAAGUAAGAGCCGUGUGUGCGUAUAGGGGCAAGCUAGCCAGGAAGGCGAUGAUUAAGUGUGUGCACGACAUCGUCGCCGAGCGACCUAAGGAGGCAGAGCUCUGCCCACUGUUUGAUAAAUUGGGCGGCAGGAAUUUUUGUAUUGAGGCAAGGGACAGGUGUCUUCUCAAGUACUAUACCAAGGUAGAGAUACUUCAGUGUGCGCACGACAUCGCCGCCGCCGCCGCCAUCGCCAACCAAAUUACCGAUGAAGAGCUCUGCCUACCGUUCAAUGGCGAUAAGGGGGCUUGUAGAAUUGAAAGAAUCAACUGUAUAAAGAGGGGCAAGCUAACCAGGAAGGCGAUGAUUAAGUGUGUGCACGACGGCGCCGGCAAGCUCACUGCCGAAGAAUUUGAUGACUCUCCAAUCUGGUCUCUCUAG